GAAGGAAACGUUUGAAUUGCUUCGUUUUCUGAAUCCUGAUUGUGUUUCUUGUAAUUUUCACAAGUAAUUUCCUUUAAUCUCUGUCGCAUUCAUUGAUAUAUAGAUCAUCAAAUCUUCUUCUGCAAUUUCCAUGCUACGAUGGGCGAUAUUAGCAAGUCUACCAUUCUAAUGGCCGCCAGAGACAGAGAUCGCGAACUUCUCAUCUCCCUCCCCAACUCCACCAUCACUCACCAUGAUGAUCAUGAUCAACCCUCCUCCACCGUCCUCUCCUCUAACAAUUCCGGCCGCGAGACUUUCUACAAAGUUAUUCAGAGCUGGGCUUCCAAAAAGUUCAUGACAGGAUGUGUCAUCCUAUUUCCAAUUGCAGUUACUUUCUAUAUAACUUGGUGGUUUAUUCGAUUUGUGGAUGGAUUUUUCUCUCCAAUUUAUGCUCAAUUGGGCAUUGACAUCUUUGGUCUUGGAUUUGUGACAUCAGUCACUUUUAUUUUCUUGGUGGGAGUGUUUAUGUCAUCAUGGUUAGGAGCGUCACUUUUGAGUAUUGGUGAGUGGUUUAUUAAGCGGAUGCCAUUUGUGCGUCACAUUUACAACGCCUCAAAACAAAUAAGUUCUGCAAUAUCUCCGGGUCAGAACAAUCAGGCUUUUAAGGAAGUUGCCAUCAUAAGACAUCCACGCGUUGGCGAAUAUGCAUUCGGUUUCAUCACUUCAUCCGUUAUUCUUCAGAGUUUCUCUGGGGAAGAAGAGUUGUGUUGUGUUUAUGUUCCCACAAACCAUCUUUAUAUUGGUGAUAUAUUUCUCAUCAAUUCUAAAGAUGUCAUCAGGCCCAACUUGUCUGUUCGAGAAGGAAUUGAGCUUGUAGUAUCGGUGGGAAUGUCAAUGCCAAGCGUCUUAUCUGCAAUGGAUUCGAGAAUUGUUGAAUUGGAAAGAAGUAGAUCUGAUGGAAGCUGAUUGAAUUUUUUAUAGAGAGAAAUUAGUCUAGCUUUUGUGAUCAUCUUCCUUUUGUUUUGACAUUACAAUUUGAAUUUUACUUACAAUAUAUAUAGGUCAGACAUGUUUCCCAAACAUUACACGGCCAAGCCAGGCCAGACCAUAUCUUCUUUUAUAUCUUUGAAUCCAUUUUAACCAUUUGAUGACAGCUUUUAAUCCA